AUGCCUAGCGCAACGGGAUCGAGUUGGGAGAAAUACCAGAAGAACUACGCCGACGAUGAGGAACCCGAGAAGAAGAUCACACCUUUGACGGAUGAGGAUAUCCAAGUAUUGAAAACGUACGGCGCUGCUCCCUACGCCGCAGCCCUGAAGAAGAUCGAGAAGCAGAUCAAAGACAAACAGCAGAGUAUCAACGAGAAGAUCGGUGUAAAAGAGUCAGACACUGGCCUCGCACCACCCCAUCUAUGGGAUACUGCCGCCGACCGACAACGCAUGCAGGAGGAGCAACCACUGCAGGUAGCUCGUUGUACGAAAAUCAUUCAGGACGAGAAGGACAGCGACAAGGCGAAAUAUGUUAUCAACGUCAAGCAAAUCGCAAAAUUCGUUGUCAACCUGGGCGAACGAGUGUCGCCGACCGAUAUCGAGGAAGGCAUGCGGGUAGGAGUGGACCGCCAGAAGUAUUCCAUUAUGCUACCCUUACCGCCAAAGAUCGAUCCCUCCGUCACCAUGAUGACUGUCGAGGACAAGCCUGAUGUCACAUACGGAGACGUUGGUGGUUGCAAAGAGCAGAUCGAGAAACUCAGAGAAGUCGUGGAGAUGCCAUUACUUUCGCCUGAGCGCUUUGUUAACCUAGGAAUUGAUCCCCCGAAGGGCGCUCUGCUGUACGGACCUCCUGGUACGGGCAAGACCCUCUGCGCUCGCGCGGUUGCAAAUCGAACCGACGCCACUUUCAUCAGAGUUAUUGGGUCCGAGCUGGUCCAGAAAUACGUGGGCGAGGGUGCUCGGAUGGUUCGCGAGCUGUUCGAGAUGGCCCGAACAAAGAAAGCCUGUAUUAUCUUCUUCGAUGAAAUUGAUGCUAUCGGUGGUGCUCGCUUCGAUGAUGGUGCUGGUGGUGAUAACGAGGUCCAGAGAACUAUGCUGGAGCUGAUCACUCAACUGGAUGGCUUCGACUCGAGAGGCAACAUCAAGGUCAUGUUUGCAACCAACAGACCGUCGACUCUGGACCCAGCGCUCAUGCGACCAGGAAGAAUUGAUCGCAAGAUUGAGUUCAGUCUGCCAGACCUCGACGGUAGGGCCAAUAUCCUUCGCAUUCACGCCAAAAGCAUGUCCGUCGAGCGAGAUAUUCGAUGGGAGCUUAUCUCUCGUCUCUGCCCCAAUGCCACAGGUGCCGAGCUUCGCAGUGUUGCCACCGAAGCCGGUAUGUUUGCCAUCCGAGCUAGGAGGAAGGUCGCAACUGAGCGCGACUUUUUGGACUCAGUGGACAAGGUCAUCAAGAGCAAUCUCAAGUUCAAUUCCACCGCGGCUUACGCCCAGUACAAUUAA